AUGGUGAUUUUUUCCCUUCCAAUCUAUCUAUCUAUCUAUCUAUCUAUCUAUCUAUCUAUCUAUCUAUCUAUCUAUCUAUCUAUCUCAGUCUCUUCAUAUCUAUCUAUCUAUCUAUCUAUCUAUCUAUCUAUCUAUCUCAGUCUCAUCAUAUCAUUCUAUCUAUCUAUCUAUCUAUCUAUCUAUCUAUCUCAGUCUCUUCAUAUCUAUCUAUCUCAGUUUCUUCAUAUCUAUCUAUCUAUCUAUCUAUCUAUCUAUCUAUCUAUCUAUCUAUCUCAGUCUCUUCAUAUCUAUCUAUCUCAGUUUCUUAAUAUCUAUCUAUCUAUCUAUCUAUCUAUCUAUCUAUCUCAGUCUCAUCAUAUCUAUCUAUCUAUCUAUCCAUCUUUCUCAGUCUGUUCAUAUCUAUUUAUCUAUCUAUCGAUCUCAGUCUGUUCAUAUCUAUCUAUCUAUCUAUCUAUCUAUCUAUCUCAGUCUCAUCAUAUCUAUCUAUCUAUCUAUCUAUCUAUCUAUCUAUCUAUCUAUCUAUCUCAGUCCCAUCAUCCCUAUCUCUUCAUCCAUCUAUCUAUCUAUCUAUCUAUCUAUCUAUCUAUCUAUCUAUCUCAGUCUCAUCAUAUCUAUCUAUCUUUCUCAGUCUGUUCAUAUCUAUUUAUCUAUCUAUUGAUCUCAGUCUCUUCAUAUCUAUUUAUCUAUCUAUCGAUCUCAGUCUCUUCAUAUCUAUCUAUCUAUCUAUCUAUCUCAGUCUCUUCAUAUCUAUCUAUCUAUCUAUCUAUCUAUCUCAGUCUCAUCUAUCUAUCUAUCUAUCUCAGUCUCAUCAUAUCUAUCUCAUCUCUUCAUAUCUAUCUAUCUAUCUAUCUCAGUCUCAUCAUAUCUAUCUAUCUUUUCUCAGUCUGUUCAUAUCUAUUUAUCUAUCUAUUGAUCUCAGUCUCUUCAUAUCUAUCUAUCUAUCUAUCGAUCUCAGUCUCUUCAUAUCUAUCUAUCUAUCUAUCUAUUAAUCUAUCUAUCUAUCUAUCUAUCUAUCUAUCUAUCUAUCUAUCUAUCUAUCUAUCCCAAUCUGUUCUGAUCUAUCAAUCUAUCCCAGUCUGUUCUGAUCUAUCUAUCUAUCUAUCUAUCUAUCUAUCUAUCUAUCUCAGUCUAUUCAUAUCUAUCUACAUGACACGGCUGACUAGGUUACAGGAUGCAGUCGUGAUGUGA